AUGUUCCUCCCCACCACAUCAUUAGAUUUUUUUUUUUUUUUUUGUCAAAGUAAACUAAGUGUAGUAAAUAUCAAUGCAGAACUGACAUUUUCAGUGGCUUGCCUUGUAGCUGAGAUAGUUUCAUAUUUCUCUCUCUCUUUUAUCUCCCCUCACUUUCUCUCACCUAUCUGUUCCCAUCUCUCUCUUUCCAAUCUCUUUUCUCUUUCUCCUAUCUAUUCACACUUUCUCUUUCUUUCCCCUCUCUUCCCACUUUUCCCUUCUCCUAUCUUUUCACACUUUCUCUAUCUCUUCACACUUUCUCUCUCUCUUCUAUCUCUUCACACUUUCUCUCUCUCUUCUAUCUCUUCACACUUUCUCUCUCUCUUCUAUCUCUUCACACUUUCUCUCUCUCUUCUAUCUCUUCACACUUUCUUUCUCUCUUCUAUCUCUUCACACUUUCUUUCUCUCUCUUCACAUUUUCUUUCUCUCUCUUCAUACUUUCUUUCUCUCUCUCCUCUCUCUUCACACUUUCUUUCUCUCUCCUCUCUCUUCACACUUUCUUUCUCAAGAAUCUCUCUUCACACUUUUUUCUCCUUGUCUUUCCCUACUUAUCUUUCAAUUUUUGCUCUCAAAUGCAUUACUAAUUUUUUCUCUUUCUUUUUAUCUCAUCCCUUUCUCUCUCUCUCUCUCUUUUAA